CCGAAGGUCAUUGUUUCCAAUCUUCAUCAUCUAUCGAGUAUUCGACGUUAGUCCACUUACACACUCUCUGUCGAUAAGUGUGAUCUUAUUUGGUGUGAAUCUGCCAUCAGUCAGAAUAAAACAAAAGUGUCACACAAAAGCAAUUUAAAGUUACUAUUGUGGGCAACCAAACAAUCUUCACACGGAGGAAACUGUGAUUUGUGAAGCGCCUUAAGCGCUGGAUUGCCACGCGAGCCAUCGUUUUAUGGAAGAUUGUUUGUAAAAGCAAAGUUUCAGCACGCGAAAACAAUAAUAAAACAACGGUUUGUGCGAAACCAAAACGGGCUUCUGUAUUUAGCGCUCUGUCGGUGUCAGGACUGCUGCGAGUGCAAAGCUAAAAACAUAUUUAGUAGACGAUGACGGCCGCCACUACGUAUUGACAAUAGUGCGCACUUUAGCUGAAAUGUGAUAAGAGUACGGAAGGGAAGCGCCACUCGUGUGAUAGGGAGCGAUAGUGAACAGUGUGGGUGUGUGGCUUUGGUUUUUGCUUGAUGGGGUGAUUAAUUCAUUGUGAAGUGUGCUAUGAAACAAUAUUUGCGUGAAGAAUUCUGAAUUGUAUUGCUCGGAAAUAAGAAACAAACAAAUUUCGAACAACUUUUCGGCUCGCAAACAAAACGAUGAAGAUACAUCCAGUAAUGGAAAAACUCACAGUUCCUCGUGGAACACAACUUUUCAACUGCUUGCACUCUCUCCCCAUGCCGGUCUGAGCUUCAACCAACGAAUGGCUCAAUCGUUGUUGUUUCAUUGAACCGAUCCUGUCCCGAGAAGCGGGCACCGUGAAGCAAGCCUGUGGUAUUUCUCGAAUGCAACGAGGUACUCCCACGACGUUUGCUACCGUCCGUCCGUCGCUGCUCCCUCCUUGCCCAGAGCCACACAAAAGGCACUCAAGUGUUGCUUCUAGCCAGGCCAUCCCGGGCGGCCAAAAAAGGUGUCGGUUAUGAAGUUGAAUUUUUACGACCUACUAUCGGCGUUGACUGGUUGGGCGGCGGAAAUUGGGUUUGCACUACAAUCCCAGUUUCCCUCUAAGGCAGUCGGUUUGUUGACUCGCGAGCGAACGUGUAACUACAACAAUAGUUGAGUGCUAGUUUUGGUUUUCGGAAAAAGAAAGCCGUAAUUAUUGCUUGCUACCAUAAGUGCGAAAAUCCGUUAAAUACUAGUUUUGUUUUUGGGAGAGAAGAAAGCGGUUUGCAUGUAUGUACCGGUAUACAACAUCUGAUGGCAUCUUGGGGAUCGGCUAAAACGGCUAGCAAUGUUGCUGCCAACAAUGCGCGUCUAACGCGAACGCCAAGUAAGACAGGGAGCAGCGGGAUGCUGACGGAAUCGUUGACGGCUGCCCUUGGGAAACGCAAGAGCAGGUUCAAGGAGCUCACCGAAGAGCUCAACCAGCGUAUCAACAAAGACGAACAGGAGGAACCCUACCAGCGGCCGCUGUUCAACAUAGAGAAAAUAAAGCGCAUCAUGGAGCGAAUUAUCGAGAAACAGUUCGCUGUCGACGAGGAGGAAAUGAGAUACAUUUAUGAUCCAUCGCAAAAUCUGAAGAUGUGCCAGAAUAUCUCCAAGCAGAUCAAGGAUAAGAUCAAGAAUAUGAACUAUAAGAGGCACAGAAUUGUCAGUUUAGCGACUAUUGUGGAAAAACAACAGCAAGGAGUGAAUUACAAAAUGAGAUAUCUGUUGGAUCCUAAUAUGGAUAAUUAUAUUCGUCAUUAUCACGAAACGCCAUAUUUUUAUCUGAUUGCAACCGUUAUUCUGGUACACAAAGAUUGAUUCAGUUUGUGUAGUUUGUACGAGUGUGCUAGUUAUAACCCUGUCAACAUUAUAUUAGAUGAAGCGAAUACAGGUGCUCUCUUCGU